CAAGAAGUGCUCGACUGGCGGUUCCUUGUCCUUGGAGAUUUUCUUUUGGUUUCCUUUGUCAAUUGCACUUAGUGGAAGGACUCUCGUUAAUAAACAGUGCUGGAGGUGUGAUGCAAAGUUUUUCUGAAAUUGGUGUUGGAUCGCUAGUGCACUGGUUAAAGUAAGUCAAUAUGUCUUUUUCUUUCUCUCGCUCUCUCUUCCUCUGGAACUCGUUAUGUUGUCUGACAAAUCCUUCUUAUGUUCACAGUGAAUUGCUGACACAAAAGCAUAUACUGUUCCAAAGUUUUGCCAGCAAAUCAGCUGGAAUACAAGAAGAGUAACCGGGCCGAAGCCUUCAGGGGAACAAUCUUGAGCUGUCAAUUUAGUUCUCUUUAGAUUAAUUGUUGCCUCAAGUCUCCACAGAUCGUUUUUGUGCCUGUAGUCUCUCUUCUUAUUCCCGAUUCAUACUGUAAACUGUCAAGCCAGCAGCUCAUUGAAGAAUUGCCAUAGGUUAUAGAUGAGGUAGCCCCUUCCUGUCGUUUAAAACCUGCCAUCAACCCUUCAUGUCAAGUCAAGCUAUCUGAGGUCUUAGUGUGUCGUAUAGUCUUAAUAUGGUCUCUAGCAUUUAUUUUUCUCUAUUGUUCAUGUCCUUCUCUCUAAAAGCUGUGGGUCCGUGUCAGUCCAUGAAUAAAGCAAGGUCUCCUCAGUCCCCCCUUUUGUUUUAGUCAGUCAAGUACUUCCCUGAAAUAUAGCAAAGGAUCCUUCGUCUCAGGAUAGCAAGAAUGGAGAGGUACAAGUUAAUCAAGGAAGUUGGUGAUGGAACGUUUGGAACUGUGUGGCGAGCAAUUAAUAGACACAACGGUGAAGUUGUUGCUAUUAAAAAGAUGAAGAAAAAGUAUUACACCUGGGAGGAAUGUGUAAAUCUCAGAGAAGUGAAGUCGCUGCGUAGGAUGAAUCAUCCCAAUAUCGUGAAGCUCAAGGAAGUUAUUAGAGAAAAUGACAUAUUGUUUUUUAUCUUUGAGUACAUGGAGUGCAAUCUUUACCAGCUAAUGAAGGACAGGGAAAAGUUGUUCUCUGAAGCUGAAAUAAGGAACUGGUGUUUCCAGGUAUUCCAGGCUCUUGUUUAUAUGCAUCAACGUGGGUACUUCCAUCGUGAUCUGAAGCCAGAAAAUUUGUUAGUUACAAAAGCUGUAAUCAAGGUUGCUGAUUUCGGUCUUGCACGAGAAAUCAAUUCACAACCACCAUACACUGAAUAUGUCUCAACACGAUGGUAUCGGGCCCCUGAGGUUCUGCUUCAGUCAUCUCUAUAUGGUUCUAAAGUUGAUAUGUGGGCAAUGGGUGCUAUCAUGGCAGAGCUCUUCAGUUUGCGACCGCUUUUCCCUGGUAGCAGUGAAGCAGAUGAGAUCCACAAAAUUUGUGGUGUUAUAGGAACUCCAACAGUGGACACAUGGGCUGAGGGUCUAAAACUUGCAGGCAGUAUAAACUACCAAUUCCCAAGGUUUCCUGGUGUGCACCUUUCUUCACUGAUACCUUCAGCUAGUGACGAUGCGAUUAAACUUAUCACUUCUCUGUGUAUGUGGGAUCCUCGCAAGAGGCCAACAGCUGCAGAGGCCCUUCAACAUCCUUUCUUCCAGAGCUGCUUCUAUGUUCCACCAUCUCUCCGUUCGAAAUCUUCUAUUACUAGGACGCCUCCUUCUGCUGCAAUGAAGAGUUCCGUGGAGCAACAGUGCGCUAGAAGAUACUCUUCCACUUUGCCUAGCUCUAAACUGAUUCCAAAUUGCGCUACUGUGAAGUUGCACGCUUCGUUGAGCCCUGGUGUCCAGCGGAAACUUGAUCUUGUUAAUCAGGAUGAGAACAAGGAUUCCAAAACAUUGAAGAGCGCAGACAGACAGCCAAAAUACCGUCCUCCUGCGAGGAAAAGCCCUACUUCGACGCUCAGGGGCAGAGCAGGUGCUGGUGCUGGUGCGAACUCGGAGUUGGCAGAUAAGUUUGGAAGCAUGAACAUGGGGGCUCGCAAGCAGACAAUUGGUCCAGGUAGCACCAAAGCACCUCCAAUGAAGACUGGUGGGCAGUGGAACGGAGGAAACAGUGACAUGUUUCUGCGAUCAGCAGCAAAACUCCAAUCUGGCAAAAGUAUGACGAGGAAAGUUGCUGGGUAACAAGUUGAUGACCAUGAAUAAUAAAAAUAUAUAUCUACGGUUUUGUUUCUUUGGAUGAGAUCUUUGUGGCUUACCUCAACUUUUGAACAAGGUGUGAAUUGUGUGUGUGUGGUGGAUGCGCUGGAACUUUGUUUGGCAGAACGACAAACACACAGCUAUGGCUUUGGCUAUCCUGUACCACUGUUCGUUCUGUCCGUUACAGUGAAUGAUAUGCCCUUUGUGUCUGGAAUAAUAAGAAUACAUUUCGGUUGUUUUUUUCUUUCGUUGCGCGAACACGGAUUUGUCUUGCGGGAUCUUAUGUGGCGCAAGUGCUAGGUCAGUCGUUGGGUCGAUUUCGGACUGGUGCAUUGAUUGCUGGUUCUGUCGAUUGAGCCGACGAAGUGACAUUAAUUGGGAGGGUGAAAUGUCGACGGAUUUUCUCACGUUGGGUCCGCAAUGAUUAGAUGAGGAACUCUAAUCUGUUUUAGCUUAGGUCAACAAGUUGGUGAUCGUUAGCUGGUGAUACUUUUUGCUUGGUUUCCAAAUUCCAAGGAUUUGAAAAACCUCUCUCGGUUCAAUUUACUCGUUAAGAUAGAUAGGUAUCUCUUAUCUUCUGCUAAGAAAUUAACAAAUGCCACAACACCCAAGCUCGUUAGACUUGUGAAAUUCGACCAAAACACUUGGCAUGCAUGAUGUAUUGUUUGGUUAUACAUUACACAUGUGUUUUGGUAUGACACAUUUACGAGUUAAAUUUUGCCGUUAGGAUUUAUCUGAUUUUAUCGUAUCUCUUUUCGUAGCAAUGUUGGACAGGAAAAAGAGAGAUAAGGAAAACGUGACUAAUUAGUUAAUUUGUUAGGUUAUAUCAUUGAUUAUUUUCGAGUUAGUAGGGCUUCUACAUAGUAACUCUUUUGCUGGGAGUAGAUUUUAUAUUUUGCCACCAGGCCAACAAUCCAACACGUUGAAAGAAUUGUUAGGAAACGAUAAUUUUGUUAUAGCGAAACAUAUCAAUCCGUUGAAUCAAAUAAUGACAGGAACAAAAACAUCACAAGACUGCUAUCGUAAUUGACAAAUGGUUGCAAUUUUGCUUUUUAUGUGUAUUCAUAAUUUAAUUUGUGUCUACUCAAUAGUGAAAAGGAGAAGAAGAAUAGAAUUGUACAUUGAAAUUUAAAAUUCUAGAUUUCAAAACUUUAUGUCACAAUUAAGUCUCCCACUAUUUGUUUGUUGCAUUCCAUGUUCAUUUGAUGUGGGUGAGUGAGAAUGUUUUUUCUUUUUGCAAUUCAGUGGGACUUGGAAAUUAAUUAGUUUUAGCCGUUAGGUCAUUUCGGCGAAGAAAUUUUAGGAAACAAAAACGCAAUUUUCAAUGUAGAGAAUAAAAUCGAAGAUAGAGAAUGAAGACCACAAAGAGAAAAAUAUCGCCGCCUUCCUCCCCCCAUUCUCGGCAUCGAGAAUUUUGUCCGAUCACCGGAUAAAUGCUUCCGGUGGACGGGAACCGAAGUGUUUGUCUACGUAUAAAUCUCUCUUCUUCCUCCCACCUUUUAUCGAUUGAUCCGUUGUCGCGAAUGAUGGAUUCUCCAAAGGAACCAGAGGUGGUGGAAAUCUCUGAGAGCAGAAGGACAAGUUCCUGUUUCCGUCUGUUCCUGCGAUUUGUUCUGCUUUUGCUUUUCCCCUUCUUUGCUUUCCUACUCUUGUCAAUAUCCAUGGUCUUCAUAGCCCUGCUGUCGGGGCAAUUAUCUAUCGCGACGCCCGUCUCUGUUCCCUCUCGGUGCCGGAUAGUCUCCAGUGGCAAGUUCUUCUUUGCGCCCCUGUCUCUGUUUCGAAUUUGAUUUCGCUUUGUUCAUUGGUUUCCGGCUAUGAAUAAGUAUAGGAAGUAGAACGGAAUCGAAAUGAUUGAAUUGCUGAGUUUGAAUCGUUACAGAAAGAAUCGGAAAAGGUAGAAUUAUGAUAAUUGUUUUUAUUUUUAUUAUAGAAUAUGAUAAUUGUUAUUGAACGGUGAGGGAGAGACCUGCUUCAAAUCGAGACCUUGUGUGUGUUGGGAAGAGUUCGUCUUAGGGUUUCACACUGCUUGUCCACAGUAUCCAUGGUCGAAGUUCUGCCAUUAAGUUUAUUCGUUUGGAGCUGCAGAUGUGGGAUUGUAGUUCUUAUUUGGGUUUUGUUCACUUGGUUCUGAUCUUACUUAGAAUUCCUGUCUGCUCUGCUCAUGCUUGGUAUGGGUAAUCGACGGUUUGCAUUUCUCAUGUUAUUGUGAUGAUAAACGCAUGAUGCUAUUAGUAUUCCCGAAUUACCUCACUUUGGUUUAAAACUUAGCAUAAGUUACUAUAUGGAUGUUGUGAAGCACACAGAAACUUCUGUUAUCAGUCAAGUUUUGCUCGUCUUCGAGGAGGUAAAUGUUUUUGUUUGGACCUUUUCAGGUGUUGAUCUCAGAUCAUCUAAAGUUUGCGAACUGGGGUUGUUGAAGUACAAGACCAAGAAUGUCUUUCAUCCUUUUGACAGAAACAAGUUUCGAUGUCGCUAUGAUUAUUACUGGGCUUCAGUGUUUGAGGUGAUUCUCGUGGCUUUCAUUUCUCUUCUAUUUUUUCCGUGUGUUACUCUUUCAAAUUUUGCUACCACAUUGUCUAAAACACAGUACGUUCAUCACUCAUUCGGGAAUCCAAUAAUAAGUCCCAUCAGGCCAUCCCUUGAUAUGUCAUAUGUCCAUCUAAACUAUCCCUGUCCUAGAUUUGAAUUAUCAAUGUGGCUCUGUUAUGUAGGCUGGACAAACAUUGUUUAGGACCUGAUAGGUAUGCCCUUGAGGAUUUUUUUUCCCCAGGUGAUUCUCAUUGGUAUUGUUUUGGCAUGGUUUUCAUAAAAGUAUGUGGCUCUAUAUGGUUUAUUUGAGGAAUUAUAUUUGAUGAUUCCUGUAUUGCUACAUUCAUUACAUAAAAUACUUCAGAUUUGUGAACUUAUCCGCUGUAUUAUUUACCGACUAGUGUUCCAAUUGACAAGUCAGUGGGAACCUUACUAGUUAGAAAUCUACCAUGCUAUGCUGCUGACAAGAUAAAGGCUACUGUUUUGUCUUUGGAAGUGAUGGAAGUUUGGAGAGUUGUUAGAAGGUGAUAUACAGAUGAACAAAGUGAUCCAAAGUUUUCAAUAUUGUCCAGUACUUGUUUAGCGGUGUACAAUAUUUUUGCAAACAAUUGACUUCCGAUCUAGAAGUCCAAUUGUGUCCUCUUCAAAUAUGUUAUCGUUAGGAUUUCUUAAUAUUAGAAUUUUUCUUGUAAGACUAAAUCAUUAAGCAGUUGGCAUCGAUGAACUUGCAAAUAAACAUGUGUUGGUCUUCUCUCAUUAGGAUAGAGUCUGUACUAGGCGGAUAGGCGUAAAAUAUGUUAAAUGAUGUACCUAAGACCUUACACACAGGAAUCUUUGUGAAGCCUCUCUAUAUUUGGUUAUGCGAGCCUGGGUUUAAGUUCUAAUUCCUUGUUUCUGAAAGUUAUUUUGAGGCUCCCAGCCAGAAGAAAGUUUAAUACCAAAAACAAUUCUAGAGUGGGCUGUCUUAGUACCCUCUUUCCCUUACUUGAUCUCCCAAUUCAGAAUGGGCCAUUAAUGAAGUUAGAUUAUUAAAAUUCACACUGAGCUAACUUUGAUUCAUAUAAGAAGAGAGGAUAAACGAACAAGAAUCAAACUACUAUGGAGCUUUAUGUUGGCAUCCUUUUUAACGUGCUAUUGAUAUUUCUAUUAUUUUUGCAUAGACCCUUAAAAGAAAACUUUUCAUAUUCUAAUAUAUGGUUUGUUUAUUUCCUCUUCUCACGCCUUGUGGGAUUUGGCUUGUUUAUUUAAUAAAGUUCAUCAUCAUUA